AUGGCGGCACAGAUGGCGGUAAAUUCAGGAGCCAGUCUGUGGGGCCCACUCAAAGAGUUAUGGGAAACCGUUGAGGGAGCAAUAUGGAGGAAACAACCAGAGAGUGUCCAUCUACUAGACCUACAACUGAAGAAACACAAACCCCACUUCCUUUCGCUGUUCAAGAACCCAGCAAAGAGUGCAGAGCAGAGAGACAAAGUGCAGAAAGCUAGCACAGAAGGUAUUGCUAUUCAGGGGCAGCAGGGAGCUCGGCACCUCCCUGAACAGCUUCUGACUGAAGCCUUCAUCCUCAGUGACCUCUUUGAUCUUGGAGAGCUUGCUGCACUUGAAUUGCUUCUAGCAGGUGAGCAUCAACAGCCUCACUUUCCUGGACUAACCAGGGGAUUGGUGGCUGUACUUCUGUACUGGGAUGGCAAGCGCUGUGUGGCAAACUCUCUGCGUUCAUUGAUUCAGUCUCGGCAUGGAAAGACUUUCACACUUGACCUCAGUGCUGAAUUGGUGAAUCUAACAACGCGCUUCACAGAUGAGCUAAUGUCUCAGGGUUUGACCAGACAAAUCCUUAAUUUGGUAUCUCAAAUCAGCGUAACAGGGGAGUUUGAGAAACUUCAGAAAGAACGUGGUCUUGGAAAUGAGAAACACAGAAAGGAGGUGUCUGAUCUCAUCAAAGAAUGCCGACAGUCCUUGGCGGAAUGUCUCUUUGCAUGGACAUGCCAAUCACCACUUAGUAAGGAUGAUACAUUGGCCCUGAUUGGGCACUUGGAGAAUGUGACAGCAGAGGCUGAUGGUUCACUGGACAGUGUGAACCUAGCUCUGGUCAUGGCCUUGCUGUACUGCCUGGAUGUUAGUUUCCUGGAACAGGGCACAGAGGAUCGGGAGGACCUUCUCCAGGCCUUGCCAUUGCUGACAGAUAAGCAUUACGUGUCUGCAAUACAUACUCGCCUGCUGGAGGGUCCAGCGUGGAAAAUUCCAGGACUGCAGGCACUGGUUCGGCUGACCUGGGCACUCUCUCUGAGAGCCCUCUCACAGCUACCACAGGGCUCAGCAUUGGUGGAGUUCACAGAGGCAGAUGAGGCUCUGACAGAACAGGCUCUGCAAGGCAAUGUCUUCCUCUUUCUCACGAAGGGGAUUCUGGGAUGUGAGGGCUUUGUUCAGGAAGAGUUCUACGUGCGACGGCUACACGCGCUCAUCACAGACUUUCUGGCUCUAAUGCCUAUGAGAGUGAAGCAGCUCCGUAACCGUGCAGACGAGGAUGCUCGACUGAUUCACAUGACUCUACAAAUGGGAAGUGAGCCUCCCUCCUCUCUCCGCAAGGACCUAGAACACCUCAUGAUUCUGAUUGGGGAGUUUUACAGUAAGGACCCCUUUGGACUGGAACUGGCUUUGGAGUUCUGGUGCCCCACCGAAUCUCUGCAGCACACUUCGCUAACUGGGUCUUAUUUGGGAGUUUCCCUGCAGAGGCCACCCCACAAGCAGGUGGUUCUCUCUAAGUUUGUACGUCAAAUGGGAGACUUGCUUCCAGCCACACUGUAUAUUCCAUACCUGUGCAUGCUGAAGGGACUUUCCAAUGGGCCCCAGUGCUCACACUACUGCUUCAGUCUUCUUAAGUCCAACGGAGCGCCUCAUGGAGAGAACCUGCAGGGUGCAGUGUCAGGCAGUCCCGUGUCAUGGGAGCACUUUUUCCACUCUCUCAUGAUGUACCACGAGAACUUGCGGAGAGAUGUGCCCAGUGCCGACGCUUCUCAUUACCGCCAUCCACCGAUCAGGGGGAUCACUCAGAGAGAGCUCGAAGGUCUCACUUCCUUUCUUCAGCUACUCACCACCAUCAUCACCUGGAGUGAGAAUGCAAGGCUGGCCCUAUGUGAGCACCCUCAGUGGACUCCUGUUGUUGUGGUGUUGGGUUUGCUGCAGUGCAGUGUGCAGCCCGCCCUGAAAGCUGAGCUCCUGAGAACACUUGCCGCCUUUGGCAAGUCCCCCGAGAUCGCUGCCUCCCUCUGGCAGUCAUUGGAGUACACUCAGAUUCUACAGACGGUUAGAGCUCCUGGACAGAAGCAAGCAGCAGGUAUUGAGGUUGAGCUGAAUGAGAUUGAGUCGAACUGCGAGGAGUACCCUUUGACCCGGGCGUUCUGUCACCUGAUCAGCACACUUGUCGAAAGUGCGCUUCCCGUCAAUCUUGGGGCUGGGUUGCGUCCGCCAGGUUUCCAGCCGUAUCUGACCUUCUUGCGUGAUGCUGUGUUCCUUCCCUUUCCGACGCGAGCCUACCGCCGUCCUGCAGAGAAGUGGGAGGUUGCAGAGGCUGUGUUGGAGGUCUUUCAUAAAUUACUGCAGGACUACGAGCCACAGCCAGCAGACUUUCUGCAGGAGAUGGUGGAGAUACAGGGGGAGCAGGUCCCAGCUUAUAAGCCCCCAGGAUACACCCUGAUGUUCCAUCUACUGAAUGACUCACCCACCCUCUCUCUCUGUCUCAGUCUGCUCGAGGAGGGAGUCCGACAGCUCGACACGUAUGCCCCCUUCCCUGGUAAGAAGCAGCUGGAGUCUGCUGUUCUGCAUUGCCUUUGUCUGCUGGACCUGGCUUUGCAGAAAGAGGUGGUGUUUAUGGACUUGCUGAGGGAGAGUCAGACAUCUCUGCUGGUCUGCCCUCUGGAACAGUUACUACAGGGUGUCAGCGCUCAGAGCCGACGGGCUGACCACAUCAUCAACAUUGCCAGGUACCUUUAUCACAGCAGCUCCAAUCCCGAGGCUGCGUUUCAGAGCGCAAAGAUCUUGCGGCAUAUUGCACGCUACCCAAACAUCCAGACCAGACUAGUGGGAGACUUCACACAUGACCCGGCUGUCAGUGAGAAGCUGAUGGCUGGAUUUGUGGAGUGUCUGGACAAUGAGGAGGCCCAGGAGGGAGUGGAGAAAGGAGAUGUUUCAGAGCCCGAGAAGUGCGUAGCCAGGAUCCGUCACGAGACUCAGAUUCACAUUCUGAACCUGCUGAUCACCUCUCUGGAGCUGAAGAGCCCCAAUUUGGCCCUCUACCUGCUGGGUUAUGAGGUCAAAAAGCCAGUCUCCUCUACCAACCUUCAGGACCCAGGAGUUCUGGGCUGUCCAAGGAGCUGCCUGCAUGCAAUCCUAAGUCUGUUACAGAGAGGCAGUGAGAGACGGUCAGGACCCUUACUCACUCAACAGGCCCCACACCUAGCUGAACUGUGCUACCAGGUGAUCUACUUGCUGUGUGCUUGCUCUGAAACUUCAGGACCCACCAUGCGUUACUUGAGGACCAGUCAAGACUUCUUGUACUCCCAUCUGCAACACCUGCCCUUUGAUUUACCAGGGAAUGAGAUUGCCGCUCUGUCUCAGAUGUCUUGGCUGAUGAAAACUGCAGCCAUUGAACUCAGGGUGACAUCCCUUAAUCGCCAGCGUUCACACACUCAGAGACUUCUCAACUUGCUCUUGGAUGACCAGCCACACAUACAACACACUGCUGAUGGUGAGACAGGAAUGGAGGAAGAGAGCAGAUCAGUCAGUGGCUUUCUACACUUUGACACUGUUUCCAAGGUGCGAAGGAAACUGCUUAGCGUUCUCGAUGCGAUCAACUUCAGUCAGGAGGUACCUGAACUGCUGCAGCUGGAUUUCUUUGAGCGCACUCAAAUUGAACAGGUCAUCUCCAACUGUGAACAUGUCAAUGAACAGGGUCACACUGUGUGCAACGUCAAGUUAUUGCACCGAGUUCUGGUUGCAGAAGUUAACGCCCUACAGGGUAUGGCAGCUAUCGGACAGCGCCCACUUCUGAUGGAGGAGGUGAACUCUAUACUGCAGCAGGUGGUGGAGAGGAAUCGCGUGCGACGUAGUCUGAACGCCAAGCGCCAUGCGCUGCAGUCCUGGAGGAGUCUGGUGGAGACUCUCCUGACCGCCUGCCCUGCAGAACUCAUACCACCUGACCAGAGACAGCUCAUUAUCAGAGACCUGCUACUCGACCUGCAUGAUAAGGUGCUGUCAGAGGACGCUGCUGUGGAGUUAAUGCCAGUUGUUGCUGGGGCAGUAUUCACUUUGACAGCACACCUCAGCCAAUCAAUUUUGUCUGAGCACCAGCAAGGGGCCGGACUAGAGGGAGGAGCUUCAUCAGGGUUUGCCUCCAUUGCUAAUUCUGCCCUUCACCUCAUCCUAAGAAAGCUGCUGGAUUUUAUCCUUUGCACAGGUGGAGGCUUCCAGCGCCUGCGGGCACACCUGUAUGGCUCUUUGCUUUACUAUCUACAGAUUGCUCAGAAACCAGAGGAGCCAGACACACUUCAGACAGGUGUGUCUAUGUGGGAGCGUUUGACUGCUCCUGAGGAUGGCUUCUCUAAGCUACAGAGGGAAAACCUUGCCAUCAUAGACAGCUACGGCACCGCUCUAAUGGAAGUCGUGUGCCGAGAUGCCUGUGACGGACAUGAAAUUGGCAGGAUGCUAGCCCUGUCAGUGCUGGACAGGAUCUUGUCCAUAGACAGGCAGGGCCAGUGGCUGUUGUACAUGUGUAACAGUGGCUAUCUGCGCGUGCUGGUGGAGAGUCUCAGACAGGACGACACUGCGCUGCAGACGCUGCUGACCCCUCAGCCCCCGUUGCUGAAACCGCUCUACAUCUAUGAAUCAAAGAUGGCUUUGCUGACACGUGUUGCAAAGACAGCUCAGGGAGCCGUCGAGUUACUGCGUUUCGGUCUGGUGGCUCAGCUGGCGGAAUGCCAGGUGUUUCACAUGCUACCUGAAAGUGACUCCCUCAGAGUGUUUGGCCAGAGAGAUCCCUCAGGCUUCAUCCCCAGUCCUCCAGAGAGAUACAGGCAGAUACUACUCCCUGCACUCAGGCUGCUGCAGGUCAUCCUGACAUCCACUACCACUCACCACCAGCAGGGGGCAGCACAGGUACUGCAGUGGCUUAUUGUGCACUCGGACACCAUUCAGUCCAUCCUGCGUUGUCAAAAUCUAAGCAUGGGUGCUCUGCAAGAACUUUCUCUACUCACAGCCAUAAUCAGCAAAACUGCACUGCCAGUAGCUCUGGAGAUGGGGCAGGAGGUCAGCAGUGCUGCUCUGCUGGAGUUCCAAGGCCACAUCGGCAGAUUCCAGCGUCAGUCAUUGUCACUGCUGGUGCGGCUGGCUGGGGCUGAGAGAAUUCGGAUCCUAAAGCUGCUUGAGGAGAGCGUGGCCCCAGGAGACCCCGCGGAGAAGAGAGAAGAGAUGGAGCUUGCCAUGCAACAGAUCUGCGCUAAUAUUAUGGAAUACUGUCAGACAUUGCUGCUGCAGAGUUCAGCUGAUGCACAGUUCACUGUGUGUCUUUUCAGUCCUUCAGCCUCGGAACCUGCAGAUUUGACAGUGCCCUCUGUGUCACGAGUGCCCAGUCUGGGGCUGGUUCUGUUCCUGCUGAAGAACAGUGCCACUGACUUCUUCCGUUACCAUGACAGUCACAGUCAGAGCCUGGGCAAGCUACAGAGACUGGAACAGCUUGCCCCUGAGGAACUCAAAGAGUUGUGUCAGGCCCUGGUGUCCAGUUCUGGAGGUGUAGAAAAGAUCCCAUCAGUCCAGAAGAGUGUGUUAGCUAAACGACGUUUGGUCCAGCUCAUCAACAACCGUGCCAAGUUGCUCGCUCUUUGCUCCUACAUCAUCGAGACCAGUCUGUUUGUUCUCUGGCGCCACCUAGAAUACUACCUGGUGUAUUGCACUCCAAGUGACCCUAAAGAUGCCCUUUUGCCAGGAUACAGAGAUGUCAGUGGUGGGCGUGGUUUGGGACUGUCUAGGGUCAGUCACCAGGAUCUGGAACAGCUGCACAGUGAGGUGACGAGUGGCUUCAACGAACCACUGCAGAGGAAGCUGCUGGAGGUGGAGAGUCUGUACAGUAAAACCCACUCACGUCACACCUUCAUCCAGGCCCUCACGCGCAGAAUUCGAGGGCUCGUUCGCCAGGCCAAGAGUUAAUUGCCUGCAUCGUUUAUGACUUGCCGGAGGGCUUUCAAGCGCUUAUCACGGGAUUCAUACAUAGAUAAAUGACAGACUUUUCCUCAUGAUGAUGUGAAGGAUGAAGCCGCGAGCAUGAGGCUGAUAUUCGGAGGUCUUGUAUUUCUCACUCCUAUCUGCUCAAUUUACUAAGAGUACAAAUGGAAUUUU